AUGUGCCAGUUUGCUACCAGACAGGUGGCGUGGACGGAGUGCGCAUGCACCGAGUCACGCUGUGUUCCUGAGCCGUGCGGCAAGAACUGUGAUCCCGAGUUUUGGGCCGAAAUUGAGUAUCCGGAAUGGAAACUUCACUUCAUUGGACGAAAGUGUGACAAAUGCCUAGCUCAGGAGCCUCGUUUGUCUUGGAAGGUGCAAGUUUAG